UGGCAUAGACAAACUGAUUGGCACCCAUUGGUUGCCCAGCCUUUUGCCAAGAUAACUGCCAAAAAAUGCUGUGGGAUUGCUUUGCUGCACUGGGAGCCUUGAAUGUGCGCAAGGCAUCAUGAAAUCAGCAGAUUAUCAGGUGUUUUGUAGUCCAAUGUUUAACCCAGUGUCUAAGAACUGGGUGUCUAUUGAAGGUUGUGGGUCUUCCCAGCAGGACAACGACACCAAACACACAUCAAAAACCACCAAGGAAUGGUUAACAAGAGAUGCUGGACUAUUCUGGAGUGGGCAGCGAAGAGUCCAGAUCUGAAACAUCCAAAACCUAUGAAAACAGCAGUUGGUGGAGGGCAUCCCUCAAAUAUUGAAGAAUUAGAGCAGUUUGCUGCUGAAAAGUGGGCCAAAUUGUAAGUAGAAAGGUGCAGCAAGCUCAUUGAUGGCUACAAGAAGUGUUUGUCUGCAGUUAUCUUGGCCAAAGUCUGUGCAACCAAGUACUAGCUGCUAAUCAUUUGGUCUAUACCAUUUGUAUUUAUUUUCUAAAUUAAAAUUGUGAACUUAAGUUUACAAAAAUAAAUGUGGUUCUACAAUGUUUAAAUCCAAUAAAAAGGUGUGGUAACCCACAUUUUUAUUUUUACAUUUCAACUUAUUUGAGAAGAAACAGGGAAUUAUUUAAGAAAAGUGCAAGGGUGCCAAUAUAUUUGGCCUCAACUGUAUGUGCGUAUAUGUGGUGUGAGUGUGUGCACCACCUCAUGAAAUCCAGAUGAGAAGAGGGGAGGAGGAGAGGAGAAAUGAGUCUCUGGGUUUCGGAGAGGAAGAGAGAGAAAAAGAGUGUUGUAAAGCUGUCAGCAGCACAUGCAGCUCUCAAUCAUAGGGCUGUAGCACCAGGAGACAUCCAUUCAGAGAAGCACAUGGAGAACAUGGAUGGAUGUGUCUGUCUCACUACGUCAUCCAAGACGUAUGAUAGACAUCAGGGUCCGAAUGUCCGUCAGACACAAGUACUGUAUGUCUAGACAGUCUGUCUAGUCUGUCCGUCUGUCCGUCUGUCGCGUCUGUCCUGUCCUGUCUGUCGUCUGUCUGUCUGUCUGUCUGUCUGUCUGUCUGUCUGUCUGUCUGUCUGUCUGUCUGUCUGUCUGUCUGUCUGUCUGUCUGUUCUCCCUUCCGUCAGGCUCAUUAUAGUGUGUGUCUGUGUCUGAGUGUGUGUGUAUGUGUGUUUGGGGUGUUCUGUCUGUCUGAUCCUGUGUGUGUUUGUGUGUUCCAGUGGAGCACGAUAAGGACUUCCUCCCCAUCCGGCGGCACCACCGAGAGUUCCGUUUCGACCUAUCACGUAUCCCUGAGGGGGAGGCAGUCACCACCGCAGAGUUCCGCAUCUAUAAGGACUUCAUCCACGAACGCUUUGACAAUGAGACCUUCCGCAUCAGUGUCUACCAGGUGCUGGAGGAACACAAUGACAGGUGAGGGUGUGUAUGUGUGUGUAUGUGUGUGUGUGUGUGUGUGUGUGGUGUUUGGUUUUAGUGUACUUGUGGGGACCAGAAGUCCUCACAAGUAAAAUAAGGAACAUUCGGUCCCCAUAAGGAAAAAGGCUAUUUUAGGCUUAGAGUUUAGAUUUAGGGUUACAAAUAGGAUUAGGGUUACAAUUAGGGUUAGGGAUUAGGGGGGGAUAGGUUUUCGUUUUUCGUUUAGGGGUAGGGUUUGGGGUUAAGUUUAGGGUUAGGGUUAAUUAAGGGUUCGGGGUUAGUAAAGGGUUAUGUUAGUGGUUAGGGAAAAUAGAAUUAAGAAUGGGAAUCAAUUGUUGGGUCCCACAAGGAUAGUAAAACUCACGUGUGUGUGAACCAGAGCACUAUGAUACACUAUCCAUACUGUCAGUAGACUAACCCUGGUCUGGGAGGAAUUAAUGGAUACAUGAAGAAGAAGGAAAGAAUAUCAGAAAGGAACAGGAGGAGAAAAGAGAAAACCAUCCCACCACUUGCUAGAUAGUUUGGACAAGGAUUUAAGGGAUAGGAGACAUUGAAAUGUUUUUUCUCUGUCUGGUUGUGUUUCUUGCUCUCUCUCUCUGCUUCUCUCCUCUCUCUCUCUCUACGCUCACGCCAAUCUCUCCUCUCUCUCCUCUCUCUCUCUCUCUCUCUCUGCUUCUCUCUGCUCUCACUCCUCUCUCUCCUCUCUCUCAACCUCUCUAUGAUUCCCUCUCUCUCUCUAUUGGGUCUCUGCCUCUAUGGGCCUCUCUCUCCCUCUCGCUCUCCUCUCUCUCUCUCUCUCUGUCUCCUCCUCCCUCUCCUCUCUCUCUCGCUCGCGUCUCGUCAUCUCUCUGCCCGUCUCUCUCUCUGCCGUCUCUCAUCUCUCUUCCUUCUUCUCGCGUCUGCGCUCAUCUCUCCAUCUCUCUUCAUCUCUCUCUCCUCCGUCUCAUCUCUUGCCAUCUCUCAUCUCCUCUCUCUCUCGGUCGUCUCGUCUCUUUCUUCUCUCUCUCUCUCUAAUCUAUCUCUCUCUCUCCCUCGUUCUCUCUUUCUCUGCCUCUCCCCCUCUCUGGCUCUCCCCCUUAAUUCCAGUGUGUGAAGGACAGUGUGUUCAGUAUACAGUCGUUUAUAAAGCCAUUAUUAUAAAUUAAGGAAAUGAAGUGUUCCCCUGGGCCCCACCAUCUGGAGCCCUCCCUCCUCUCUCUCACCCUGAUCUCGCUCCCUCACUCGCUUUUCUCCUCGGUCCCAUGCUUCAUUUUCGCUUGACCUCACUCAAUCGUACAUCCUUUCUAAGUAUGCAGGCUUGUGUGUGUGUAUGUGUGUGUGCCUUUGUAUCUUUGUGCAUGUAUGCAUAGUUGCGUCCCAUGUGUGUCUAUGUCUGUGUGUUUGUCUAUGUAUUUGUCUGUGUCUUUGUCUGUGUGUUUGUCUGUGUGAUUGUCUGUGUGUUUUUACUCAUGCAUGGGUGUGUUUCUCCUCCAGGGAGUCAGACCUGUUUCUGUUGGACUCGCGGGUCAUCUGGGCGGCUGAGGAGGGCUGGCUGGUGUUUGACUUGACAGUGACCAGUAACCAAUGGGUCUUGAACCCUGGACACAACCUGGGCCUGCAGCUGGCUCUGGAGAGCACUGACGGUGAGUAGAGGGUAUUAGAAGCGGUUCAGGAACCAGAGGGAGCUCUCUAAACCACAACUACAGUAUGAGGGUUCAAACCCAAUAGGAACCUGGGCCCAUAUCCAUUUGGCGUCUUAAAGAGUAUGAGCACUGAUCUAGGAUCAGGUCCCCCCUGUCCAUCUACAGUAUCAUCCAUUAAUGAAUUCUAAAAGCAAAAACUGAUCCUAGAUCAGCACCUCCACUUACUCCCUGAGAUGCGUAUGGAAAUGGGCCGUGGCCUGGAUUCAGCUUGGCUGGUGCGUAAAACCCACGAAUCCAGAUAAACAAAGAGGUGUAAUGGGUUUGCAUUCAAACACAUGUCACAUAAAGCGUUCUUCAUAAUUCAAUGUUUUGUAUUAUUUUCACUGCAUCAGGGAUAGCGUACCCGAAACGUCUGUGUACACUAUCCCUGAUGCAGUGAAAAUCAUUCAAAACGUUGAAUAAUGAAGAAAGCUUUAUGCGACAUGUUUUUGAGUGCGAACCCAUUACACCGCUUUGUUUAUCUGGAUUAAUUUAAGGACAGGAGACCGCAUGAACAGUAUGACCUCAGUGCAUACCAAUGUCACAUGCUCUAUCACCACACAGCACAGAGACAGAGCACAUUGAUAGAGAAUACAGGGCUUCAUUAUUUAACAUCAUUCACUAUGCCCUCAUCAUCAUUAUCACCCAUGCAGAAGAGAUUCAAACAAACAACAUGUAGUGUGGAUAUAUUUCUAUCGAGUCAAGUUUAUCUUUUGAGCAGAGGAGAGAUUGUUAUCAGGACGGCAGGAUGUUUCUAAUUGACAAACAAUAACAACAACGGCAGCAUCACCAGUAGCACAGUAUGACAGUGUUUCUGCGGAGACUGUUGUCUUCAGUCGCAGGAUGUUAGGUGGAGAAAAACAAAACACAGUCUCACGUUAGGGACUGUGUGUGUAUGUGUGUGGGUGUAAGUCUGUGUGUGCGUGUGUGUGUGUGUGUGUUGGGAGGGAGUAUGGGCGGGCGUGUGCUGACAGGCGCGUGGAUUCCGCUCGCUGUGGGCUGCUGGCAACCUGAGUUUACCUCGGCACCAUCAUCACAGGCACAUUCCUCUGAGUGAACAUCACACACACACACCCUAGACACUGUCAGAUCCAUUGGGAGAGAGUAUUUCUCUUUGAUGUCUGGUAUUACUUUGGUGCUUGACAUUUCCAAGGUCUAAACUGGAAGUGAACGAGAGAGCGAGCGAUAGAGGAGAGAGAGGAGAGAGGAGGAGUGAGAGAUAGCGAGAGAGAGAGUUAGGGAGGAGAAUCUAGAGAGAGAGAAGGAGUGAGGAGAUAUUGAGGUAGAGAGGCAUCCGCUCGCUCAUCUCUUGCUCCUCGCUCUCUCUCUCUCUCAUCUAGCUAGAGAGCGCUAGCUAGGAAGGGCUCGCGUCUAGCGCUUCUCCCUCCUCUAUCUAUCGCGCUCUCUCUAUGCGCUCUGCUAUUGCUCUCUCUCUCUCUCUCCGCGCGCGCGCUCUCGCGCGCCCUCUCGCUCUCUGCUCUCUCUGUCUGUCUCUCCCGUACAUUUAUGGAAUUCAACCAUCAUCUCUGUGUAACAACCUCCCAUUUCGGGGGAUUUUUACACCGACUAAGAAAUGGUUCUCAUUAAGAGCCUGGUGGACCACACACACAACUUUAUUAGAGAGACCCAGUCACACAACACAUAGUCACCCACACACCCACGACACCCCCACACAAGAUGAAAGUAAGCGUUACAUUGGACGGUGUAAACCAUUUGUAUCCUGUACGUACAACUAAUAAUACUUGAAACUUGAAACACACAUACACAGGCAAUGUCUCUGACUCUCUGUCCUCUGUGUCUCCCCCUGCAGGUGUGAGUGUGAACCCGCGGGUGGCAGGGCUGAUCGGCCGCAGUGGUCCUCAGAAUAAACAGCCCUUCAUGGUGGCCUUCUUCAAAGCCACCCGAGGUGCACCUGCGCAGCAUCCGCUCGGCAACAGGGGGCACCAAACAACGCAACCCCAACCGCCUCCAAAGGAGCCAACAAGGGCCAGGAGGCACUCCGAGUGGCCAACAUCGCAGGUAGGGACUGGGGGUUGAGGGGAAAGGGAAGCUUAGAGAAUGUAGCCUACAGCAGUAUAUGUAUCUGUUGAUGGUCUUUUAAAUGCCAUUGUGAUAUGUUGGUAGAUGCUGGUGUAGUGAUGGCUGGCUCCAGGUGAAAUGAGAGACAGAUGGAGGCCAGAGCUAUUACUGUCUACUACAGCCUCCUUACCAGAAUUCUCCACAUAUCUCCAAGGGCCAACACACACGCUCACACACACACACACACACACACACACACACACACACACACACACACACACACACACACACACACACACACACACACACACACACACACACACACACACACACACACACACACACACACACACACACACACAUAUAACUCACACACACACGCGCACACACACACUUUCCCCCUCCAAGGCACUCUGAGAAUGCCUUUGUUUCUGAACCUCCCGUAACAGAGCGUACGUAGUUCAUGGGAGCCUUACGGUGUGAGGUGUGAGAGAGCUGUGUUUAUGCAGAGCUCUGAAACAUUACACCAUAAUGCCUGGGCUUCAAAUUGCUGCCGUGUUUAUUUACACGAGCCUUACGGAGUGGACAGACAGGGCCAAGAACUCAGCAUGGAGCGAAGGCAGGGCCCACGUUUGUGGCGGAGUACAUCUGCACUGUGUGUGCGUGUGUGAGGGGGUUGAGGGCUGGACCGGCCUAGCACACAUGGGCCAAAUGGGCCUGUUUGGAAGUUUGAAUGGUCUUUUUUUAAGAGCUGAUGAGAACCAGUCGUUCCUGAUCAUUCCCAAUCCCAACGACUGACUGGGACAAAUUUAUGUUCCACAGAACCCGUGAGGGUUACCAGAGGGAGGGAGGGAUGGAGGGAGAGAAUGGAAAAGAGAAGGGAAAGAACGGAGUGGUGAAAGAGAUGGGUUAAGGCGCUUUGUCCCCUCUCACAUGUGUUCAAUGCCGUGGAAGCCACAGAGGAUACAGAAGGCACAGGGUCAAGGUCCCUAAACCUUGAACUACCCCUGAAGGUUUAGGCCUAUUCAACAUACACUGAUUCCAUGUACAGUAAGGUUCUAUGUUUCCAUGCAAUAAUAUUGACAAUGUUUUACACCCCUCUUUCUCUCUCCCCCAGAGAACAGCAGUGCUGAUCAGAAGCAGGCGUGUAAGAAGCAUGAGCUCUAUGUCAGCUUCCGAGAUCUGGGGUGGCAGGUACCGAGUGCACCCUACACAUUCCUCUAUGUCUCCCCCUUCGCUUCCGCUCCUUUUCUUUCAUCCUCCCUCCCUCACUGUCUCUCCUUUUUUCUCACUCUCCUGCCCUUAUUUCUUUCUCACCAUUCUUUUCCUCCCUGUCCUCCCUAAUGUCUUUUCUUAGCAGAUACCUAAAUCCAAAGUGAUUUACAGGGCUCAAUGUUGUCCAUGAUAUCCAUUUCAACAGCUGGGUAAACAGUAGGAUAUGCUAAGGAGAGGUGCAGACUUAUUGCCUCCACAGUAAAAUAUGCACAAUGAGUUCUGAGUUUAGAACCAGGAAGCUUGUUGUUACUACUACCAUGACUACUGUGGAAUGUAUCGCAUGCUGAUUACACAAUCCCAAGGAGGAUAACAGUGUGCCUCUCUUUCUCUCUUUAUCUGCCAUCUCUCUCUCUUUCUCUCUCUUUAUUUCCCUACCCUCUUUGUCUCUCUCUCUCUCUCUCUCUCUCUCUCUCUCUCUCUCUUCUCUCUCUCUCCUCUCUCUCUCUCUCUCUCUCUCGCUCCCUCUCUCAGGACUGGAUCAUAGCUCCAGAGGGCUAUGCAGCGUACUACUGUGAAGGAGAGUGUGCCUUCCCUCUCAACUCCUACAUGAACGCCACAAACCAUGCCAUCGUGCAGACACUAGUGAGUAACCUCUAAGAAUAAACAUUACUUUUUAUUAUCAUUUGUAUCAUUCAUGCAGUCAAUGCACUAGAGAGCAUCCACACAAAGACAAAUGCAUUGACAUGUUAUCAUAUCUUCAUUCAUUUAUUUUCACUUGAUGUUGUCUCCCUUACUCCAACCCCCACCUUUCUACUCCCUGUCCUUGUCCCCCCUCCCUGUGCAGGUCCACCUAAUAAACCCAGACACCAUUCCUAAGCCCUGCUGUGCCCCCACCCAGCUCCAUGCCAUCUCAGUGCUCUACUUUGAUGACAGCUCCAAUGUCAUCCUCAAGAAGUAUCGCAAUAUGGUGGUCAGAGCCUGUGGCUGCCAUUAGACUACAGCCAACCUCUCAACACACACACGCACGCAUGCAUCUAAAUGUCCCUCAACGCAGGUCACUUUCAUCGAGACUCUAGACUUUCUUCCCCAGAUUUACCUGAAUGGACACAUGAAUGGACUACAUAUCCCAGUCUGCCUUGCUGAGCUUCUGGACGGGAGCUAUAUGAGGACCGGGCAGAAUCAUGCUUAUUGAGUCCAACCUGGAACACACAUACACACACACACACAUUC